AUGUAUUCAGCAGCUCUUCUUGUCGCGGUGGCGCUCGGUGUCGCCACAGCACAGACGGCGGCCCCGACGCCGCCUCUCUUGUCGUCGUCUGCCUCUCGUAGCGGCGAGUAUGGAAACACAGCACCUACUGAAGGGGCCGUGACGUGCGUCUUCCGCUACUUGAUGCCAACAGCUUCGAACGCCCCAAGCGGAGUCGCCACCCAAAUUUCGGCCUCCGGUGCCAGCGACAGCGACGACAACGGCAACGCCAGCGGCAACAGCAACGGCAAGGGCAACUUCAACGGCAACUUCAACGACAACGACGACGACAACAACGACGACAAGGGGUCUGUGUCUGCUUCUGGAAGUGCCGAAGACGACGGCGAUGGCGGCCCGCCGCUCGACUCUGGCGGCGAGACGUCCGACCGGCCCUCGACGUCGUCGGCGGCGAGCGUCCGCCCCUCGCCCGAGACGGACAGCAAGUCGACCGCGCACGCGCCCGAUGCGCGCGGGUCGUCGUCCAACACGUCCGAGCCGCUCUCGCCGACGGCUCCUGCAGGGCCGCCACCUGCUACGCCACCCGUGCCGCCAGCCAGUACCAGGCGACCGUCGAGCACGCCGUCGCCGCCGUCCCGCCCGAUCGACCCGACGCCGCCGCCCGUGGAUAAUGGCGCACCAAAGCCGCCGCCUUCGAUCAGCAACAGCUCGACGCCCAGUUCGACGCCAGCGCCUGCACCUCCAACGACACCGGCAACCGGCCGCCGCCUCCUGACCGAAGACAGCAGCGAGCCAGCGACCGAGUCGUCAACGCCCCCAACAACAACGACGUCAACAACGCCGGACGAGCCGUUGUCGACCGACACGGACGAGCCGCCGCCGCCCGAAGCCCCGACGACUGCACCCACACCGCCGUCGCCGCCCCGUCCGCCGCCAAUAGCACCAGCAGCCGCGACGCCGUCGCGUCCGUCCGAAGCCGUCCGAGUGAAUCAGCCGCCCGCGGUCCCCCCGCGGGCGACCGACGACGGGUCUGCUGCGCUGUCGCUGCCGCCGGCGCUCAACGCGUCGUCGUCGACACCGGCCAACGCGACGGCCGGCAACGUUACGAAUGGCAAAGACGAAGCGGAUCGGUUGCCGACCACCGAAAGCGGCCCCCAAGCGACGACCGCUGCUGUGCUCGAGUUCAGCUGCGACACGACGUUCUACAGCGCCUGGAGCAAGAUGGGUCUCACGUGCCACGGCACAGAGCUCGACGUGGUUCAAGCGGCCCAAGCGGCCGAGUGCCUCAUCUACUCGGGGACGUCGUCCGGCACGGAGAUCGCCGACCUCGCCACGUGCAUGUCGGUCUGCCGCUUCCCCGCCUGUUCGCCCGAGCGCGGCGAGUGGGACUACGCGGCCGACGACGGCCUCAACUCGCCCGUGUACGCCAACUUGGACUUUAUUGCGCUGCUGCAGCUCGGCGGGACCCGCGCGGCGACUGCUGUCGCGACGGCCGUCGCGCAGCCGUUCGGCAACUUGACGUUCGCUGCUACGACCGAGUGCGACUACGAAGACGACUCGUCGUUCAGCUCGUGCCAAUGUGCGAGCGCAAUGGCGUUCAUGCCGCCCGCUGGGGACGCAACGGCCGGUCCCUCGAUGAACUCGAACGCGCAGUACGCACUGCCGGUGAACAAGGGCCUGGAAGACGCGCACCACUGGCCCGACGGGACGAAGAAGAGCCCGAUGGACAAGGCCGGGAUCACCUCGACGGCCAUUGGCGGCAGUGCCGCGACCGUGUCGGUCGUGGCCGGCGGCGUCAUGUCGGUCGCCAGUGGCCUUGUCGGCGGCACGUCGGCCGGCGUGGCCUCGGGCGUCUCGGCCGCCGCCAGCAUCGGCAUCACGAUGGCGGCCGUCGACAUUUGCCAGUUUUCCGUCAUGCUGAGCCAAAUGAACGUCGACGCGCGGCCGCGUUUCAUGGAAAACAUGGGCAAACAAAUGGCGCCCGCGACGUUUACGUUUUUGCCGUUUGGCCGGUCGACGAAGAACCACACGGCGUCGGACGACAGGGGCGCGGGCUCGGACGACGUGACAGCUACGCGGCGCCGGUUGGUGACCGGGACGGGCUCGAGUGUCCAAGGGAUGGAGCGCUAUGCGUUUUUGAUUGGUGUGGAGCCCGACAUGUUGUUCUACGUGGCGGCCGCGGGCAUUGCGUGCAUGGUGGGCAUUGUCUUUGGCCUGUACGCUGUCGCCAUGAGCGCGUGCUACUUUGUUGUCGACGACUUUGUGAGCUUUAGCCGCAAGUGGCUCGACAAAGCCAUUGGCGUGUUGAUGAUGAUUUUGAUUCUAUCCGAGUACGUCAUUGGCGCUACUGCAAUGUACCAGAUCUGCUACUGCAUCGAUCAAGGCUCGAUGGACGUGAGCUUCUUUCUAGCGAUUCUUACGCUGCUGGGCCUGGCGUUUGGCACGAUUCUCUACGGCGUGAUCGUCAUUAAGAACAACGAAGACGAACUGCGUGACUUGGGCACGAAGGACCAUUUUGACAAGAAAUUCCACAACCGGUAUGGACCGCUGUACGACGAGCACAGCUUCGAGGGCCGUUUCUUCUUUGCACCGAAGCUUCUUCUCGCACUGCUCUGUGGUAUGACCACGGGUAUGGUCUGGAUCCAGGGCCUGUGGCAAAUUAUUGUCCUCAUUGCACUCCACAUUGCGUUUUUGCUGUACCUGGAAAUCAAGCAGCCGUACCCGACUGCAUUCGUGCAAAAGACGUCGAGUUUUGUCAUUAUCAUCAAGAUCUCGGCGCUGUUUCUGAGUUUUUUCCUCCUGUCGAGUGCUACGAGCUUCACCCAGAGCAUUCCAGAUGACCUGCGUGAGGGUGUGGCGUUUGCAAUUGUCGGCUUGCAGGUGCUGGUGCUAGUAUGCCUCAUGAUUCGUCAGGUGUACAUCUUCUAUCGUACGUGGAAGCUCAAGCGAGACGGCGCAGACAACAAGACGGUCACGUUGCAGACCACGAACGCCCGUGAGGGAUCCGAGGCUUUCUUUGCUCUGGGCAGUACUGAGCCGCAGUACUAUGGCAACAAUACGAAUCAGGACCGCGGCAACUCGCUUGCUAUCUUGGAGACCGACCCCACUCCGAAGAUGCAGGAUCGUCGUGUCCAAGCACAGGAGACCCCGUCUAACGUUAAUCACACCCACGGCAACCGACUGCAGGACCUGGCUCACCCGCAAGAGAGCAGCAACAGGCACGGUAUGCAGCGCACUCACACUACGGUGCGGCGCGAGAACCAACACCGCACUAAUGAGGUUGACCUAUAG